AAACAUUUUAAUACUUUAGAGUAAGAAUAAUACCUUUGUAUAUCUUCCCACUGUUUAGAGUCUCUGUAUUAUUUGUUUUGUCUUUUUCUAGCUCAUCUUGAUUUGGGGGUGGUGGAGUGUUUUGGCUUCUACCUUAUUGGGUUAAUCAGAAGUAAUAUUCAGUGGGUAAGAGGUUACAAAGAAGAACUUACCAAGUAAAUCAACAAAUACAAAGUUUUUUUUUAAGUAUUUUUUUGAAACAACCACAGAGGAAAGAAAUAUUACUUUUAAUUUAUUACAUGUUCUCUCUUUAAAAUUAUUAUGAUAUGAAGUAACUGGUAUUACUCUAAAGGAAGGAAAGUGAAGGUCAGAAAGGUUAAGUAACUUUCUCAAGGUGGCACAGCUGAAAUGUAAAGAGGGAUUUGAGCCAAGGUCUGGUCUGUCUUAACUUGGAUUUCACCUCUUUCAGACUUUUCAUGGUACCUUAAGAGUGACAGGGCUUAAAAAAAAAAAAAAGCUAUCCACACUGAAGGAAUAUUUUCAUGUGGCAAUUUGAUAAAUUAUAGAAAUGAUUUAGAUUGUAUUUUACAAGUGCUAUUGGUUUUCUUUGUAAUACUACUGUGUCAUUUAGGAAAUCAUUCAUGGACUACCACAUAAUUACUUACAUGAAUAUUGUCUAUUUAUCUAGCAAUAUUUUAUCAAAUGGGAUAAACAGUCCAGUAUAAUUUGGGUUGUUAUGAAGUAAAGGGGCUUAGGGGCAGACAAAGACAAUGAGUUGACUGGAAAAGAAGACCUAUUUGAGCAUGAAAAAUAAUUGCUUGGAAAAUGUGGAAUGCUUGUUUCUCUUUCACAUACACAAGUGUGAAUUUAUGAAAUAAAAUGAGUGUACUUCUGUGUGAUGAAGGACCCAUGAUAUUUCUUCCUUUUACUUCUGCAGUAUUUGGUUUUUUGCACUCUGAAAUCAGAAUGGCGGUUCAUACUUACAGGCUGCCUACAGAGUUGCCAUAGUAACGUGCUGUUGGUUUUAAGUGAGCAUGCUCAGAAAGACAGGAAGGUUUAGCAGAGGCUUGGCAGGUUGCCAAUGGAGGUUUGCCAGAUGCUUUGAAAUGGGCUGUCUUUCUUUUCCUUUCAUGUAAUGUCUGAUUUUUAUGUGGAAGAGAAUGUAAGUAGUGCUGUAUAACCCUGCGGAUGCUAUGCCCUAAGAGGGAAAGCAAAUAUUUGCAAGUCAGACUGAAAAUGUUCAGACACUGUACUGAUUAAGUAGAAGGGGAAUCUAACCAUUUUGCAUUUGAAAGGAAAUGCAGCAUAUAGCCUGAGGAAGAACUUGAUCCAGAAGAGAGGGACAACUUCCUCCAACAGCUUUAUAAGUUUAUGGAAGACAGAGGUACUCCAAUCAACAAACCACCUGUUUUGGGCUACAAAGAUCUCAAUCUCUUCAAACUUUUUAGACUGGUUUAUCAUCAAGGUGGAUGUGACAAUAUUGAUAGUGGUGCUGUAUGGAAGCAAAUUUAUAUGGACCUUGGCAUUCCUAUUUUGAAUUCAGCUGCUUCUUACAAUGUAAAAACUGCUUAUAGAAAGUAUCUCUAUGGUUUUGAGGAGUACUGCCGUUCUGCAAAUAUUCAAUUCAGGACUAUUCACCACCAUGAACCCAAAGUAAAAGAGGAAAAAAAAGACUUAGAAGAAUCAAUGGAAGAGGCUCUAAAAGUAGAUCAAGAAAUGCCAUUAGUAGAAGUGAAGAGUGAACCCGAGGAAAAUAUUGAUUCAAACAGUGAAAGUGAAAGAGAAGAAGUAGAAUUAAAAUCUCCAAGAGGACGGAGGAGAAUUGCUCGAGAUACAAAUUCUAUUAAAAAGGAAAUUGAAGAAGAGAAAACAGAAGACAAAUUAAAAGAUAAUGAUACAGAAAAUAAGGAUGUAGAUGAUGACUAUGAAACUGCAGAUAAAAAAGAAAGUGAGCUACUACUGGGGAGAAAAACCACACCAAAGCAAAAGGAGAAGAAAAUUAAAAAGCAGGAGGAUUCUGACAAAGACUCAGAUGAAGAGGAAGAGAAAAGCCAAGAGAGGGAAGAAACUGAAAGCAGAUGUGACUCUGAAGGUGAGGAAGAUGAGGAAGACACUGAACCCUGUCUAACAGGAACCAAAGUGAAAGUGAAAUACGGACGAGGGAAAACACAGAAAAUCUAUGAAGCCAGUAUUAAAAGCACUGAAAUUGAUGAUGGAGAAGUUUUAUACUUGGUACAUUACUAUGGAUGGAAUGUUAGUGAGGGAGAACUCACAGAAUGGGGAACCACUGUGCUUCUCAGUAAGAGGGUGUUUGAUGAAUCAGUGAAAGCCCAAGGCACCACCUUUGGGAACAGCAAUAGCCCAGAAUUCUGUGGAAACAUCCUGAAGUCCCAUGGCUUCCAACAGUGCAAGUGGUAUGAUGAAUGGGUGAAGGCCGACAGGAUAAUCUGGCCUUUGGACAAAGGUGGACCAAAGAAAAAACAGAAGAAAAAAGCUAAAAAUAAAGACGACAGUGAGAAGGAUGAAAGGAGGGAUGAAGAAAGGCAGAAGUCGAAACGGGGACGACCUCCCUCAAAAUCUGCCCUUUCAUCAAACCUGCCGUAUGGUUUGUCUAAGGCUCCAAACAGUGAAGGAAAAUCAGGUACCAGAAGUGCUUGCUGCUAUUUGCCAGACAGCUCACCUCUGUCAAAUGGAAUGGAAGACUCAUGUUCAUCUGAUAGUGAAACAGAAGACCUGUUAGAAAGGAAUUUGAUGAAUGAAGAACUUUCUCCUGAUAUUAAAGAACUAGAAAAAAAUGAAAAUGUAAAUGAUAAUAAACUAGAUGAAGAAAAUCCAAAGAUUACUGUACAUGUAUUAAAAGAAAAUGAUAGGACUCAAAUGCAGCCCUUAGACUCCUUGAAAUUAGAAGUUGGAGAGAAUGAACAAAUAGUACAGGUUUUUGGAAAUAAAGUGGAGCAAGCAGAAGAAGUUAAGAAAGAGGCAGAAAAAUCUCCUAAAGGAAAGGGAAGACGAAACAAGACAAAAGAUCUUUCUCAAGAGAUUGUAAAGAUUUCAUCAUUUAGCCAUGAUGAAGCAGGAAGUGAACCUCAUAUGGAAGCUCAGAGUCUAGAAUUUUCUUCAUUGGAGGGUAAAAACUUUUCUCCUGCCACUGAAGAUGAAAUUGACCAAUGUAUAAAAGACAAAAAGCUGAAACGGAAAAUACUGGGACAGCCAUCACCAGAGAAAAAAAUAAGACUUGAGAAUGGAAUGGAAAUGACAAAUACUGUAUCUCAAGAAAGGACCAGUGAUUGUGUUACACCUGAGGGAAUGAAAAAUUUAAAUUUUGAACACUUUGAAAUAGAAAAUGAAGGAAUGCCAUCAUUAAUAGCAGAGUCAAACCAACACAUUCAGGAAUUGGCAAGUGGAAAAACUGAUAGUCCAGCUGAAGAAACUGUAAAUACCCCACUAAAAGAAGAGGAGGAUGCAAUGCCUCUGAUUGGGCCUGAAACCUUGGUUUGCCAUGAAGUCGAUUUGGAUGAUUUGGAUGAAAAGGAUAAAACCAGUAUUGAGGAUAUAGUAGUUGAAAGCUCUGAGUCUAACUGUCUUGUUUCUCUUCCACCUGCCCUACCUGCUGUAGCACAGCACAACUUUCCAGUAGCUUCACCAUUUACCCUCAGUCAAGAUGAGUCUCGAAGUAUAAAAAGUGAGAGUGAUAUAACCAUUGAAGUUGAUAGUAUUGCUGAAGAAUCCCAAGAAGGUCUCUGUGAGAGGGAAUCAGCAAAUGGUUUUGAAGCCAGUGUUGCCUCUGGUACCUGCAGUAUAAUUAUUCAAGAAAGAGAGAUCAGAGAGAAGGGUCAGAAAAGGCCGAGUGAUGGAAAUAGUGGAUUACUGGCAAAAAAGCAAAAGCGUACCCCAAAGCGAACAAGUGCUGUAGCCAAAAAUGACAAGAAUGGAACAGGACAAAGCAGUGAUAGUGAAGAUCUUCCUGUCCUAGACAAUUCAAGUAAAUGUACCCCAGUAAAGCAUCUUAAUGUAUCUAAGCCUCAGAAGCUUGCACGAUCUCCUGCAAGAAUAUCCCCUCACAUCAAAGAUGGAGAAAAAGAUAAACACAGAGAAAAACAUCCAAAUUCAUCCCCUAGGACAUAUAAGUGGAGCUUUCAACUCAAUGAAUUAGAUAAUAUGAAUAGUACAGAGAGAAUCUCUUUUCUCCAAGAAAAACUGCAGGAAAUAAGAAAAUAUUACAUGUCUCUGAAGUCUGAAGUUGCAACGAUAGACAGGAGGAGAAAAAGAUUAAAAAAGAAAGACAGAGAAGUGUCUCAUGCAGGAGCCUCCAUGUCAUCUGCUUCGUCAGACACUGGAAUGAGUCCCUCCUCUUCAUCUCCUCCACAAAAUGUACUUGCUGUAGAAUGCAGGUGAUAAACAUUCUCUCUGCCUUCCCAGCAGUGUACUGCCAUGGACAUAAAUCCCCAAAUCCUGAAAUACAACCACAGAAAGCACUCAACUGGUUUGACAUUGCUAAGUAUAUCCUUUAUACUUUUCCAGGCUGGAUUGUAUCUAUUCCCUUCUCUUUUCUUUUUUUUUCUGUUGCAAAAAAUAAGCUGAUUAAUAAUUGAAGGUUAGGCAGUUUGCCAUUAUUUGUCAUGUUUUUCCUCUUUAAUUUUUUUUCCAUUUUUUGUGAAGAUAGAAAAAGGGCACUUAGCAAAUUUGAAUUUGUAUAAUAAAGCUUUCAGGUGUUAUAGAAAUCAUAGACAAGCAAGUGCACAUAUAAACAUCAAAAUAUUAUCCAGCUGAAUAUUUACUGCUGCACUUUCACUAAGAUGUAUUUGAACAUUUGGUGAAUAGGGGGUUUAUGUUGUAUUUUUAUUAUUUUUAUUAUUGUUUUUUUGUGUGUGUAUGUGGUUUUUUUUUUUUUUUUUUUGUGGAAGCACUUGCUAUUUAGAACUGCCAAAGUAUAUGUUUAGCAGUGUGCCCAGGUUUAAAGGUGUAAAUGGGACAAAAUAAAUUGUGAAAGGAAGUGUAGUUGACUGAAAACUACAGUUGUAAUAAGUCUUCCACUUUUUAUAGGAUUUUUGAGCACACAAUUAUGCAAAUAUUUUAAUGUUUAUUAAUGUUUACAGUGGAAUUGUGAAUAAGUUUUCAGUGGACUAUCUUAUCCCUUGACAAAAAUAUUUUGUCUUUUUUCUAUGUAAUUUCAGAGUUUUUAUUUUGUUACAAAAAAACAAAAAUGAAAUAUAUAACAACAGUGAAGUUAUUUAACAAGAUUUCUAAAGCUGAAAAUUUUGUGUAAAAUAAGGUAUUAUCUUGCAACUUGUUAAAUAUAUUUAUUCAGACAUUGGAUGUUGUAUUUUUAUGUAUUUUUUAAAAUAUCAAUAAAAUUGAAAAAAAGAAAAUUCUAGGUUAAUUCACUCUCUGGAUGACAAUAGCUCUCAGCUGUCCCUUUUACAGGAGGUUGCACCCAGCAGCUUUACCUGUAUUGAAGGGAGUCUGUCUCAGUCCUUCAAACAGUAUAAAACUAUAAAUGGGCAUCCGGAUCAUUAAAAUAUGUCCUCAUUUAGAAACUUUGGCAGUCCUAGUAUUUAAACUGUUUUGAGGAUCAAAUUUUUGGUUGCCCUUAAGAUACUUUGUCACAGUUUUUAUGUUUGCUGUACUGCCGAAUAAAUUUAUAUCUCCCAAAGUUGAGAUGCAACAACUAAGUAAAGCAACUAUGUAUGCUCUGUCUGUGAAUUGUUCCACAGACUAAUACAUUUUUGUAAAUAACUCUUCCAAAACCAUGUAUUUAAAGCAGUUUUGCCAUAUACAUUAUGUAAAAAGGUGAUUUUUUAAAAUCAGUUUUUAAAUUCAUGUUUGUACAUUAAAAGGGGUUUUUUUAAAACCACCUUUUCUGUGUUUAAUAUGCUGUAGUGUAAUAACCUAGAUGCUCUAGACUGUAUAUCAAGAUCUGAUUUACAAGAACAAAGUCAGAGCCAAACACUAGUGAUGGCAUAGCAUUACGGAAAUCAUUGUUUCUUAAUUUCAUUUACCACAUUGUGAACUUGUGAUUCAGAUUCUUCCAUUUUCGCAGAGAAUUAAAAACAAAAAAGUACUCUUGUAAAAUGCACUUUCCUGUCUUUUCUUUGCAAAGCAGAAAUACUUCAAUGUAAAAUAAAAAUGGAGCUCAGUGGGCAGUAUUAAUAAAGGCCAUGUUUUAAACAUAGGCUUUAUAUUUUUAGUUGUCAUUUAAGUGAUUGUUUUUUCCCUAAGUGCCAGUAACUUGCAGUUGGAAAAUCAGACUUCACAAAACAAAACAUAUUCAAUAUAUUUUUCAGUCCUUACAAUAAAAUAUUUCUAGUACUUAAUUAGAAAAAUGAAAAAAGUCAUUCAAAUCCAUUUCGAAGUAGGAAGCAACUUAGAUUCAUACAUUAAAUAUUUUAAUAACUUCUUUCAGUAGCAAUUCAUUAAAUGAGAUAACUAGUUAUCAACUUGACUACUGUCCCUUCUAAUCAAUAUAAAACUGGUAACAAAGUUUUGGGACUUUGCUAUGGAAGGCAAAAUUAUAUAUUCUUUGGAUGGAUAUGUGGACACUGUUAAAAAGCCUUUAAUUUUGGGGCUGGGAAGGAUUAUGAAUGUAAGUGAAUACUGACUAGUUACUAAAUUUGGAUAUUGCAUGUUUUGAGUUCAGCUAGAUUUUGAAUAGAUAGCUCUCCCAUGUGUUUAAACAAACACUCUUUAAAAUGGAAGGUGCUAUCUAUAAAAUCAAGUUAUUUGAAGAUUGUGGAGGUUGCUGGUUUAGUAUGACCCUGUAUGCUUUUAUUGUUUGCCAUGUUAAAGUUCUAAUUUUCUGGUCUUUCACUAAGAAAGAUGUUUGUACUGAAGACAUACGUACUCUGCUUUUUAUGAAAUUGCUUUAAAUUUUGAAAAUCUAUAUGGAUUAAGCUAUUAAUUGGUUUAUAUACCUUUCUUAUUAGCCCUGUAAUUUAACAUAGCUAUUAGCAUUUUGAAAGCAUGUGAACUAAUAUUCAACCACACAUGAAAACUACUAUGAGAAUUCAUUCAUCAACAAUUUAUCGAGUAUCUUCUGUGUGUAAGGCAUUGCCCUAAGGCCUAGGAGCCACAACAGUGAGCAAAACAAAUAAAGGUCCCUGCCUUCAUGGAAUGUAGAGUUUAAAUGAGGUAGAUGUUAAAUGGUUAACCUAUGUAAUUCUGAACUACAGAUGUGAUGAUGUGAUAAGCACAUGAAGUUAGGGCAUACCAUGAGAUAAUGGUAGAGAAACCAACUAGUUUGUAGGCAGAGGUUGUCUGGGAAGGCUUUGUAAAGAAAGCCACAGUAUAAGUGAGCCCAGUGAGGAUUAUGAAUUGGUUAGGCAAAUGGGAGAAGAGAUGGAAACUAAAGUGCUCCAAGCACAUAGGGGAGGAGAAAUUGGUGGUAAUGAACUGAUGACAAGAACAGACCUGAGUUAGAAGCCAGGUCAAGCAGCACUAUUCAUUUUGCACAUAAUUUUUUCCAAAAUCAUGUAUUAAGCAGUUUUGCUGCUUUAAAACCCAACCGUAGCACCUGCCCGCCUCUUCCUCCUGCUCCUGUUGUCGCCACCACUCUCAUACCUGCCUGUUCAGAUCUAUCUCAAGAUCCACUUUUCCAUGAAAUUUCUGCUUACUUUCCACCACCACAACCAGAAUAUCAUCCUCUUUUAUGCUGAUAGAAUUUUCAAAAUAUUAUUUUACUUGAAAAUUUACCUUGUAUUAUAUUGCACAUGUGUCUUUCUCUCCUAGAUGUUUAGUUCCUUGGUAGUCCUUCGUUAUAGCUGUAUUUCACAAAGUGCUUGGUCUGGCAUCUAACACAUAGUAAUAUGGUCGAAAACUGUGAAAUGCUAUUUCUGUUUUUCACUAGUAAUCCUUAUAUAAAAGCCAGAUAUUUAAAAAUUGUCUUUGGGGUCCUUUUCAUAAAGUGAUAACUGUUAAAAUGACAUUUGAAAAGUGUUUAGACUUGUUUAACAGUCCAAUCCUCAACUUAAAAUAUUCUUAAACUGAUAAAUUAUUUUUCCUUCUCUCCUUGUUUCUUCUUCCCUCUUCCAUUACUUUCAUGUGGUUACACACAGACUUUUAUCCCAUUAUGGAAGACUACAGCAUGUGAUGACAUUCAUCAUUAGUGAAGGUUGAGUAACUCUUACCAUGGAGUUUGUAUUAAUGGAGAAUUUCUAACAAAUACAUGCUGAGUGUUUUCACAGAGUAGGAAUAUUUUUUAAGUUACAAAAGCAAAAGAUAUUUUCCUUGUUGAGAGCCACAAAAAAUUUUUCUAUUCACAUAGGCCCAUUAUAUCUUUUUAAGCAGAAUAGGAAGGGCAGUGUUUCUAAUUUUUGAAUUUGUAGUUAAAAUCAUGAAGCUAUCUUCAUUUUGUAAUCUGUAUCAUGCCAAGUUCAUAUUCAAAAGUUCUAUUGUGAACAGCUUAAAAAUUCCAUGUAAUAUAAUAAACGAUUAUUCUGCACAAGUAA